AUGUCACUACCGUUGACAACACUACUGGUAUUGUUGGCCUGGAGCGGCAUCUCGGCAGGAAGCUCGCCCGCCCAAGGUCCGGAACCUUGCGACUCCAUCUGGGUAGGAUAUCAAUGUCAACCCCAGAUCUCUCACUCUUGGGGCCAAUAUUCGCCCUACUUCAGGGUGCCUUCCGAGAUUUCAGCCAAGAUCCCGCAUAAUUGUGAAAUUACGUCCGCGCAAAUUCUCUCCCGUCAUGGCGCCCGAGACCCGACCGCGUCAAAGACAAAAGUGUAUAAUGCCACGAUCUCACAGAUCAGAGCAAACGCGACGGCCUUCGUUGGCCCAUCUGCUUUUCUCGUCAAUUACUCGUACACCCUGGGCGCGGACCAGCUGACCACCUUCGGACAAGAUCAAAUGGUCAAGUCGGGCAUCAAAUUCUAUACGCGGUACGCGUCACUGGCAAGGACAGUCGAGCCCUUCGUUCGCUCGUCCAGCGAGGACCGAGUUGUCGAAUCAGCCACGAACUGGACGGAAGGAUUUCACGCCGCUAAACUGGCAGACAAGUCUGCCGCCGACGGGGACCGAUACCCCUAUCCGAUCGUUUUGCAGUACGAAGGAGAUGGCUUCAACAAUACCCUGAACCACGCCCUCUGCACCGAGUUCGAGAACGGCACAUACAGCGACAUUGGUGACGACGCUCAAGCCGCCUGGGCCAAGAUCUUCAUCCCGCCAAUCCAAGCACGUCUCAAUGCCGAUUUGCCAGGCGCAAACCUCAGCAUUGACCAGACCAUCUAUAUGAUGGAUCUCUGCCCUUUCAACACGGUAGCGAACGAGAACGGCGAUAUUUCUCCCUUCUGCGCGCUCUUCACCGACCUCGAAUGGGACCAAUACUCCUACUACGAAACACUGGGCAAGUACUACGGCUAUUCAUACGGCAACCCCCUGGGCCCGACACAGGGCGUCGGGUUCGUCAACGAGCUCAUCGCAAGGCUAACAAACACGCCCGUCCAAGACCACACGUCGACAAACCACACUCUGGACGACAGUCCCGCGACGUUUCCCCUCGGCCGAAAAUUGUACGCUGAUUUCAGCCACGACAACGACAUGACCGCCAUCUUCUCCGCGUUGGGGUUCUACAACGAAACCAUGCCAUUACCAAAUUCCACGGUCGUCGAGCCUGAAGCUGCCUCCGGAUACAGCGCAUCGUGGACCGUCCCCUUCGCUGCCAGAGCGUAUGUGGAAAAGAUGCAAUGCAAGGGCCAGCCAGAGGAGCUGGUGCGUGUGAUCGUGAACGACCGUGUCCAGCCAUUGACACAGUGCGGAGGCGAUGAGCUGGGUCGGUGCUCACUGAGCGACUUCGUGUCAAGUCUGGGGUUCGCGAAGACGGGAGGAGAUUGGGCUCAGUGUUUCGUCUGA